AUGGGGGCGCGGCGCGCGGGGCUGUGCGGCGUCGUGCUGCUCUGCGCGCUGGGCCUGGGCCGCCCCGGGGCUCCGAGCUGCGGCCCAGGCCGCCUCCUGCGCGGAACAGGGACAGAUGCGCGCUGCUGUCGCCCGUGCGCACCGGGUGAGGCGGCUGAGAAGGUUUGUCCUGAGCUGGACUGCACGUGUGUCCAGCCAGGGUUCCACUGUGGAGACCCCCAGUGCAAGACCUGCAAGCACCACACUUGCCCCCCUGGCCAGGAGGUACGGCCUCAUGGGAAUUUCAAUUUUGGCUUUGAGUGUGUCGACUGUGCCGCAGGGACCUUCUCUGGAGGCCAAGAGGGUCGCUGCAAACCCUGGUCAGACUGCUCCCAGUUUGGAUAUCCUACCACGUUCCCCGGGAACAAGACACACAAUGCUGUCUGCAGCCCAGGGCUGCCACCCACCGAGCCGCGUGAUCCACUGACCAUCGUGCUCCUCACCGUGGCCACCUGCAUCCUGGUCCUGAGUGGGACCCAGCUUGUCCUGCACAUCUGGCAGCUGAGGGGGCAUCGUAGGUGGCCGCCAGAGACCCAGCUGCUCCUGGAGACACGGCCGCCAGCAGAGGACACCUGCAGCUGCCAGUUCCCUGAGGAAGAGCGGGGGGAGCAGCUGUCGCCAGACAAAGGCCAGCUAAGGGACCUGUGGGUGUGA